ACCUAGCAGUCGCGGCUCCAUCAGCAAUGUAUUCCCUCUGGUUGCUCCUGUCACUCAGUUAUACGACCCAGUUCACUUGGGGCUGGGGAGACCUCGGUCAUCGAACGGUAGCAUAUUUGGCAGAGAAGUAUUUGGACGAUCACGGCACUCAGCUGUUUGAAGAACUUGUUGUACCAAAUGAUAAAUUUGAUAUCUCGGAUGCUUCAGUGUGGGCCGAUAAGCAGAAAUUUAAAAAACCAUAUACAAGACCAUGGCAUUACAUAGAUGCCCAUGAUACUCCGCCCGAUGCGUGUCAUGUUUCCUAUGAAGCAGAUUGCAGCGAAGAUGGAUGUAUCAUAUCCGCUAUUGAAAAUAUGACAAAUCAAGUUCAGGACCAAAGUUUGGAGAAGGCGCAGCGAGCUGACGCAUUGAAAUACUUAAUGCAUUUCAUUGGUGAUCUACACCAACCACUGCAUGUUGAGGAUAAAUGUCGAGGAGGUAACGAUAUCCACGUUUGCUUUGACGGUCGCUGCCCCCAGAAGAAGAACCUUCACGGUGUGUGGGAUACAGACAUCCCACAUAAACUGAACGGACUUAAGCAAACGCCGAAGCACAACGACCAAAAAGAGCCUGCUGUGAAAUGGGCUGAAAAAUUGUUUCAGUCUCAGGGAGUGAGGCCUCUUCAGGCAGAAUGCUCUGACAUCAAGAGACCAUUAAAAUGCCCUAUGAUAUGGGCCGCUGAGUCAAACAGAUUGAACUGCGAUUUUGUUUUCAAAAAUGGCAUUGAUUGGCUGCACGAUAAUGAUCUGGGUGAAGAGUAUUAUGAGGGGGCUGCCCCUAUUGUCGAGGCACAAAUUCUCAAAGCAGGGAUUCGUCUGGCCGUGUGGAUUAAUGCCUUGGCAGCUGACGGAGUUUCAUCAGGGGAGCGU